GAGAGAGAGAGAGUACUUCAUAACUUCCGCUGGCGAAAAUAAUUGCAACUAAUAAUAUUAAAAAAAACCCCAAAAAUAUCAACGAAAAUGGAAGAAGAAGACGAAGAAAAGACGCAGAAAUCUCGGAAGCAGCAGCAGCAGCAACAAAAGGAAGAAGAAGAAGACGGAAACAAAAAACAAAGACGAGACCCAGAGAUGUCUUCAAGAUCAUCACUUCAUUCACUACCACCAACGACCAUUGAUUCACCUCCAGACUCACCCAACACGGUCUCUUCAAUCCCGGACAGCCACGGAUCUUCACCUCACACGGUCAUCCCAACUCCUUCCGUCGCUUCCGUGGCCACGAAGAACGAGACUCCUUUUAGGGUUACUAACCCAGACUUGGCGGAGCAGAAGCUCGGCGAGAGUAGGAGGCGGUUAGCGCCGAGCUUUUCUUCUACGACUCCGCGUGAAUCGAAAUGGACUAGCUUUGUUAGGAAGGCUUUGCUUGGGUUUAGGGUUUCUGCGUUUGUGUCGUGUCUUGUCUCCUUCUCUGUUAUGGUUGCUGAUAGAGAUAAAGGAUGGGCUCGUGAUUCUUUUUACAACUACAAAGAGUUCAGGUUCUGUUUGGCUGCGAAUGUGAUUGGUUUUGUCUACUCAGCUUUUAUGAUAUGUGAUCUCGUUUAUCUGUUAUCUACUAGUAUUCGCAGAUCACGACAUAACCUCCGACAUUUCUUGGAAUUUGCUCUUGAUCAAAUGAUAGCGUAUCUUCUUGCUGCGGCUUCAACUUCAGCUUCUAUCCGUGUUGACGAUUGGUUAUCAAAUUGGGGAGCAGACCAGUUCCCAAACUUAGCUAGAGCAUCUGUCUCGUUAUCUUUUGUCUCCUUUGUCUCAUUUGCCUUCUGCUCCCUGGCUUCUGGUUAUGCCCUCUGCUCACUCAGGUCUAUCUAAUCUUAACCAAAACAAGCACAAGAUGGAGACAAACAAUCUUGUUUUGUUGAAGCCGUAACAUAUAAGUUGCAUCCUUCUGCUGUUCUAUUUAAUGGUUUAUAGAACGAACUUGACCCCGAAACUCUCUAUGAAGAAGAGGGUCUAGUUUCUUAACAUUGAAAAAACUCAAACUUUUCUUUUAUUUAGUGGAAGAAUUUUAUUUUAGUGUGGAAUCUAUUCUGUUCUCUUUUUGUUAUUUUUUUUUAAAGAAAAGCUGCAUGAUGUCGUCAACUGACCAUCAGACGAACUUUUAAGCCAAG